UUCCUACACAGACAAAAUUGACUGGUACUGUUUUGUGUACAACUACUCAGAAUUGUUUUUUGGACAGAAGUGAUUCUCAAGACUUACAUAAUAAAAGUGUGUUGUUGAAACAAAUUAGUAGUUGAUUAUGAGUCAAGUCCAGGCCGAGGCCGGUCUGCGUCACCCUGUUUCCAUUGUCCUUUCCAAGUCCUAAUGUAACGAGUGCGCUCUCCAUGUUCCAUCAAAGUGAGACUUCAUCAGCAGAUGGUGCUAACAAUGUGCAGAGCAGUAAACUCUCUUGUAACACAAUGAACUUCUUUAAUAAUGUUCAGUGUGGUUUAUUUUACAUGUCUGUCCAUACUGAGUUAAUUUAAAGUUUUUCUCCAGUUCUUAGCGGAAACGAAUUUACUCUAAAAUAACACUGUUACCUCCCCCACCCUCCCCUUUGGAUGGGGAUGUACCUCGAGGGCACAGGGCCAAAUGAAAGCAUUUUCCCUCCUCCACCAAAGGUGUCUCAUUCACUUUUCACAUGGGCACUCUGCCCCUCCUUUCCACCACUGACGAAAUAACAGUGUGCGUUUGGAAAAAUAGCUAACUCUGUUGCUUGCCAACACUUCACAAUAUUCUGUCGCUCCUCACAGAACCAAGAUCAGCCGGGGACUGGAAUUCUGCAACUCUGGAGCAUCAAGGAGAGGAGACAGGAGGGAUAGAGGCAGGGAGAUAAGAGUGCUGCUACUCCUGCUGCGCCGGAUCGGAGUGGACAUAUCUUGGCACAUUUUACGCACGCCUGUUGCGCACUGCGAAUCAGUGGAUUUAAGGGCACAAAUACCGUUAUAUCUACAUUUUAUGGAGUAAAACUUCUUUCACCAUGAUACUUAAUAUAAAGCAUAUCCUGUGGUUAUGUUGUCUCUGGGAAGCUGCAGCUGCAACAACUUCCAAUGGGUUGUCAAUAAUCAAACCAAUUACGGGGUCUCUCUCGGGGAAGGUGAAUCUUCCCUGCUUCUUCUCCACCAUCCCGACCUCAGCACCUGUCAUCACUCCCAAUGGAACAAUCAUUUAUAGCCAAGACUACUUGCGGAUCAAAUGGACCAAAAUAGACGAGGGGGUGGAAUCAACAGUGCUGGUGGCACAGAAUGGUAUCAUCAAGAUAGGCUCCAGCUACAGGAACCGUGUGUCGGUGCCUAGUCACCCUGAGGACGUUGGUGACGCCUCCUUGACGAUGGUGAAGCUACGGGCCAGUGACACUGGCACUUAUCGGUGUGAGGUGGUCUACGGCAUUGAGGACACACAGGAUACAGUGGACCUGGAUGUCAGCGGUGUUGUCUUUCACUAUCGGGCUAAAACCAGCAGAUAUACACUGGACUAUGAUAAUGCUGUUAAAACCUGCAAAGAUGUUGGAGCAACCAUUGCAACCUACGACCAGCUGAAAGCUGCCUACGAAGAUGGAUUUGAUCAGUGUGAUGCUGGCUGGAUCGCUGACCAGACAGUGAGGUACCCCAUCAUAAAGCCAAGGCAAGGUUGCUAUGGCAACCUCAAAAGCAAACCUGGUAUUAGGUCAUAUGGAACCAGGAAGCCCACGGAGACCUAUGAUGUCUACUGCUACGUAGAUAAACUUGAAGGUGACGUGUUCUAUGCCCCUGUGGGUAAUAAGAUGACCCUGGAUGAAGCCAGCGAAGAGUGCAAAAAGAGGAAUUCUGUUUUGGCUUCCCCUGGUCAGCUCCACGCAGCUUGGAGGAUGGGCCUGGACAAAUGUGACUAUGGCUGGCUCUCUGAUGGCAGUGUACGACAUCCUGUUGCAGUGCCCAGAAUGCAGUGUGGAGGAGGUCUGCUUGGUGUCAGAACCAUGUAUAAGUACAGAAACCAGACAGGUUUCCCAGAACCACCUAAUAAGCAUGGAGCUUACUGUUUUAAAGGAACGAAAGAUCUGUUUAACCAAACAUUCUUGGUGGACAUGUCUGUCAUACAAAUGACCACCACAACCACCAGCUCCACUACUUCAAGGCCUCUACUGGAGAGCAGUGUCUCAACACUCCCUGUAACCGUAUCAGAGGCAGAUGAGUCUCUACAUUCUACUGUUUCCUCAACCGUCAUAUAUAUGUUUUCUGCCAGUAUGGCUCCGCUGCGUUCCACUCCAAAAGAAGAAGAAGAAUUAAUUACCACAGUCGCACCUACAAUCAGGGAUGAACAUGAGGAAAGUGAUCACACAACAGCUGCUCCAGAGGUGGACCUUAAAUACACAGCAGACAUUACUGAUAAGACGGCAUCUGUCUCUGAGACUACAGAGGAACCAGAUGAUCAUUCAGUAAUUCAAAUAAUUACACUUCAACCUGAUGUCCCCUUCACCGAUGCCUCUGUGGGAACUGAGCCCAUGUUUGCUGAGGGGAAAACCGAGGAAACUGUUCUAGGUGUUGAGGUGACCACAGCCAUCAUCUCUGACCUCAGUGACAGUCCAACAGAAUCCACAGACCAACAGACCAUUCAGGGUGUUUUCAGCUCCUCUGAAUCAACAGACUCACUCACUGAGCUUCAUUCAACCACAACCUUCCCAGAUUAUGAUCCCAGUGUUGAUGACAUUGAAAUCAUUUUUGCUGUUGAAGGAACUCCACCUACUCACCCACCUCAACGAGUCAUUUCCUCUCCAGACAUCACUGGUACUAUUGAUGGGACAAGAAUACCUACGACUAUUCCACCUAGCACUUUUAUGUGCAACACCCGACCUGGCGAGGAAAGUCACCCAAAAGAGCCACUAGGAAUGGCAACAACUACAACCCAAAGUCAGGAUGUUGGUACAUCAGUUGACAAACAGGAGUCAACGGCUGCUAUUCUGACUGAAGGUGGAACUUCAGCUGAAGAUGUCAAAUCUUCUACAAGUGUUUUUGAUGAGUCUACUUAUCAGGUUCCUGAACACAGCAGCAGUAGCAGCAACCAGACAGAAGUCAACACUGUGACAGAAAUUGAGCCAGAGUUCUUCACAUCUGCUCCUCAGUCUUCAAGCAUGGCUCACAAAACCACAAAACCGGGUAAAGUUGCUGUUGAUGAGUUGGUCCAAGUAUCCACCGUCAAGCAGAUGCAGAAUCUAACAGAGGGACAAGUUCUACUUUUGCAAGAUACUCUAUCUACAGCCACUACAAUUGUGUCUGACAAACACAGUCCCUCUGUAACUAAUGGUGAACCCUUCCUGCAGACUGGACACACAGGUGAUUUUACUGGAGCUGCUGUGACAGUCACUCCAGAUAUUGUUGUACUGCUUACUAGUCAAGGAACCCCUCAAAGACCAAAAGAAAAGGAGACCAAUGACUCCCAGGUUUUGACAAAUGUGACACCGCUAGAAGCAAGUGAGGAAAUAACCACUGUGUUUGAUUACAAUUGGACUAAUCUCCCUAUGUAUAGCUCCCCUGAGUCCAUUGAUGUUACAAAUAAUGGGAUGAUAACUACUGGGAUCCCAGAUGUUGAUAAAAUUGACCCUGAUAUAAUCUCAGUAGUUGAAUCAACACCACCUCUUCUAUCAUCUAAAGGGUCUAAAAGGCCAACAACUGGUCCAACUUAUGCCUCAGGGGUAAGUGGUAACAUAGAUACCUCUGCUGAUGCUGUUGUUACAACUUUAAGUCAAACACAAGUCAUCAAAUCAACCACCUCUUCUGUUCAAGACGAGGGAGGUGAAUCAUGGGAGACUCCCACACUUGUCAAAAGUGAAUCAUUAGUGGCUCAGACAGAAAAAGCUGAAGAACUUGUUACUUUUCCAACAGCACCUAACUCGGCCAGUUAUAAAGCUGAAAUCACAGAGGACACAAAGAGUUCAUCUACCACCCCAUUUGCAGAAGACAGCCCACAGGAUAUAGAGCAAACUGUUUCCCUUUCAUCAUCAGAUGAUGUGACUGGGAAAACAGUGCCAACUACUGAUCUACAGAGUUCCUCUGAAGUGGAGAAAGAGACCCUUGCCACAAAAGAAUUUGGCUUAAGUUUAAUUUCAGAAUCUACAUCAACUCCUGAACAAACAGCCAAAACUACGGUAACAGGAGCUGAUAUUGGAGCCAACACAGAAUCAAUACAAGCAAAUAAACCUACCCAGGGUGACAUAUCAGAAGAAACAGUUAUAAGUCAUUUAUCAAGUACAGUCAGCCAAGUAUCAUCUUUUCCAUCAACUGACAAAGCUGCAAGUGAUGCAAUUUCUUUAUCAGUACAAAGUACACAAAUCCAAACAGAAUAUGUAUAUUCAUCCAGUCCUCCAUCACAUAUGUCACCAGUAAGCUCUGUAAUUACAGCAAAAGAUAGUGAAAUUACAUUACAAACUGUAGAUGAACAAAAAACAUCAAUAGCUGCUACUCAAAAACCAGAUGCACCUUCCCUCACUACUACUAUACAGAAGAGAAGACAGCAAGAAACUUCUUCCUUCCCUUCUGAAUCUGAUCCGACCCCUGCCUCCACAUUGCACAGUGUUAUUGAAAUGGUUAGAGCAACUGUGUCUUCCUUCACCGAAAUCUUUAGUCAGCACACAACACAAAGUUCAACUGAAACCAAUGGUACAGAUACAGAGGCUACAGAGACCACACAAACUCAUGAAUCUAAAGUAAAGACUUUAAUAACAGAAGCUUUGACUGCAAUAUCUUCACCAUUUGGUGGAACAGAGAAAACAGAUUUGUCAUCAGCUUCUGUUAGUGUUGCUUCAUCACUCUACAGCACUGAUAAACCAACAUCUCUGUCACCACAGACCCAACAAACUGUAACAAGUCAGACUAGGGAAGGUUCAGCAACACCAGAGAGAACAGACGUAACAUCUGCUGAUAAAGACAGUUCUAUACAACAGUCAACUGAUGGAUCAACCAAAGACACUGCAGCUCCUACUGCUUCAUCACUUCUUAGUACUGAAAAACCAUCAGACCACACAAAGGGAUUUUCUUCUACAUUGUGUUCUGCUACAGAUAUGCACAAGAUCUUGCAGAAGCUGCCGGAAAAAUGA